AUGGCGAAGGGUGCCGCCGUUCGACUGACGGCAGCGGCGCGGCGCUGGCUCGAGCGGACGCUGGGCCGCAUGAAAAAGCGAGCGCGUGUUGCGGUCCAGGAGGAGGGGGGGGGAUACUGCGUGGUGGUGGUGGUGCGUUUGCUCCGCCCGAUUCUGGGCUCCCUCACUCGCCUCGAGGGCGAGAGCCGCGUGCCGCGGGCGAAUUCGGCGGGGCCGUGCGGGCUGCCGGGGGGCCACUGCCGCGCAGUGGGCGCUUGCCUCGCGGGCGGCCGCCCUCCGCGCUGCAGAAACGGCGCCGCCCAGCUUCGCCCGGCGCCGCCAUGCCUCGAGCGUGUUUCUUUAUUGCUUGGGGCAUAA